AUGGAGGCCUACACGCGAGUGUCUUCAGGGAGCUUGCGGCUGAAGGGAAAGGGAGGAGAUCUGAAGAAGCUCAAGAAGAAGGAGCGAAAGAGGCGGGAGCGGGAGGUGUUUUUGUCUGGAGAACUGCCGUCAACCUCUGGGGAACCGGCGGCAGCUGCAGAAGUUGACACAGCAGGCGGAAUACGCAGCGAAGAGGGGGUUCUUCCUGUCGGCGAGGCUGAGGUGAUCGAAGGUACAGGACGGAUUGUUGCGACUGGCGAUACUGUGCAAGGCUUUCAUACGAAGUUUCGUCAUGAGAUCGAGGAGGGCGACACUUUAAGUCUGUUGCAUCCUGCAACGCUCCUUCCAGAAGAGGCCUUGGUGGUGUCUGUGAACACGGACAGGACGCUGCAUAUACACCCGGGCUUCAGCAAGGAUUUUAUUUCGACCACAACUUUUGCAGUGAAGAAGACAGCCGCAGCAGUUCGAGCACGCGCCGCUGCUGCUGCUGCAAGGAAGCGAAGUCGAGAGGCUCGAGGCGAACAAGAAGACGGUGCUCAUGACGCAGCUGCUGCAGCGGCUGCCGCUGCUGCAGAGGCCCUCAAUAAAAAGAUCAAAAAGGGCAGCCGCAUCGUGUCGGUGCGCGAGAAGAAGGGCAUGUGGGGAUACACCGUGAAACAAGUAAAACUCAAAGAGGAGCUCUCUGCCGAGGAAAAGCUGAAUAUGCGGUGCAAACAGGGCAGGGAUAAAUUUUGUUGGUAG